AUGUCUCAGAGGAACGUGGAAAGAGACCGUCUGCUGAAACGGAUAGCUGAAAAGCGGCAAAAAUUGGAACAGCGUGGCGACCUUAACAUCAAAAUACCUAGGAUCAGUCUCCCCGAAGAUUUUAAUAUCAAUGAUCGAUCAAUUUUCACUCUUCCGCCGGAGGUUUUUAAACCUGUCUUGGCGUCGCAACAUCCCAAGUAUCGUAAGAAAAUUGCGGCGCAGAACAAGAAAGCUGCCGAACAAAAAGCCAAGUUGAAGACGUACACUGAAGUGCGGAAGCAACGAGAAGAAUUCAGACAGCGUCUCGUAAAAUUGAUUACAUGCAAAGAAGACGACAUGGAAAUAGAUCCCGCCGACAUUCCGAGCGCCGAGGAAAAAGAAAUGCUUCGCUACUAUUACUACAUUCGAUACGGAGUCGACACAAUUUACGUUGCUCCUAUUGACAAUCUGGUCCUCAAACGGAUCCUGAAUUUAAUUCCUCCACGUCUGCAAAAGUGGAAAUCGAUUCUCGAUCAGUCCGUGGAAGACGUGAAAGAAGACUUCAUGAUUGCCGUGAAAAAAGCGAUUGUCGAUUUCGUUUUGCAAGAUCCGAGUUUCGUUAUGUCGAGCAGUGAACAGGAUACGGUUUUUAAAAACGAACUCAAACAAAUCGGCCACAGUUUCAGGCCCAACUACGACAUUGCGAAACUGAAGAUGGAGCGUCACCUGCACAUCAUCAAUCCGUGCCUGGCCAUGCUCCUGGACAUUUGGCACGGACGAUUCACGGAACUUCGGUUGGUGGAUACAAAAGCUCUGAUAGCAACCGGAACAGCGUUUGAUCUUAACGAUUUUCGAACAACAGUUAUCGAUCAUAUAGCAGUAUGCAAGAAAACGUUGAUGGAGGAAUAUUUUUAUGCAGUUACCGACGUUUUUCUUCAAGGUUCCAAAAGGAAAAAGCUCCCGGAACCGUCGAAACCCAAAAAAAUGAAAUCUUUCUAUAAUGCCGUCGCUGCAAUCAUGACCGGUCAACUUCAAGAAUUGUGCCUGAAGUCCUUGUACGAUUAUGUCAAUUAUAUUUUGGAUAUUAAGUACAAGAAUCAAGGAUUCAUUGUUAACUUGGUGAUGAAGGUGAAUGCUCUCGGUUUUGAUCCUUCUUUCAAGAACAUACAACACCAACUUUUGAACAUGUUGGAAUUAAUACAAGAGGCAGUUAUGGAUAUUCCUCGUUUGGAAACCAAACUCUAUUUGGAUUACGCAGGAGAGGAAGAGUUUCUAAAACCGAUCAUCUCCGAAGAAAUAGUCGCGGGUUACGCUGAAAGGAUCACUGAAUUAUUGGAAAACCAACGAAUCGGUCCGGAGUUAAGGGUCCAAGAUUUUGAUGAUUUUAUGCCUCUUAUAAACGGCGAGUAUCAUGAACACGUCACCAACUUUCUUUUGAAUCCGCAGAGAAGUUUAGAGGAACUCGAGGAGGAAAUUUUAAAAAUCACAAAAAUAAUCGAUUCGAUUCCGUUUGCAACAGCGCACAGUGUUCGCAUGGAGAUGUACGACAUGCACAGAACCGAUUUGAUCAACACUUUGGAAGUUCAAGCCAUAAGCUUUAAGGAUAUGUUGAUCGGAAGGUGUUCGACGGAUUAUCAGUUCAUGAGCAAAUCGUUGGGAGAAGAGUUCCAAACGAUAGCGGAAAAUUUGUUGCGUCCUCCAGAAAACACGGAACAGUUGGUGCAACUUAUUUACUACGCUAACGAGUUUGAUACGAAAACUUUCUACAAAAUGGAGGAGCGACUGAAAGACAUGCUACAAUAUAUUUUGUUCUUAGCCGAUCACAUGCUUUUCACUCCGGUGGAGGUCAAACAAAACAGUAACACCUUCCUCUGGUACCUUCGCAUGCCGAAAGUUUUGGAGGAGAACAAACAGCUGGUAGAUAUAAAACGCGACGAGUUCCAAGCAGGAUUGGCCGACAAGAUCCAGAAGUUUAGGGACGAAUUGGAGAUGUACGCCAAAAUGGUGGACGACAUGGAAAACAACGGAAAUAUCGAGGACUUGGAGAAAUAUCACAAGAAGGCCACCAAGAUUGACGAACGUCUUAUCGCUGCGAUGGAGAAGAUAGAUCAGUUCAACGAAGAAGAAGCAGCGUUUGGUUUUGAAUUGACUCAGUACCCGUUGAGGAAACAGAUUCACGAGAAACUCGGUCCCUAUAAGAAGUUAUACGAUAACGCUACAGAUUUCUUGUCCAAGAGAAAUUUGUGGCUGUGCUCGAAAGUUGGUAGUUUCGAUCCGGAUGAGAUCGAUAGCGAUACCGGAACUUAUUACAGAAACGUCUACAAGUUAGAAAAACUAUUUUCUGAUAAACCUCCGACUCUUAUGUUGGCUUCAAACGUUCGAGAACAGAUCGAGGAAUUCAAGGAGCACAUGCCAAUCAUUCAAACGUUGGGCAAUCCUGGAAUGAAGGAACGUCACUGGGAGAAGAUCUCGGAGAUUGUGGGCUUCCCCAUUGUCGUAGACGAAGAUCUCACUCUCGAAAAAAUCAUUGAUUACGGUCUGGACGAUUACAUCGAGAAGUUCGAGGCGAUUUCGGAAGCUGCCACAAAAGAGAACAAUUUGGAGAAGGCUUUGAUCAAGAUGAUGGCCGAAUGGAAGGACAUGGAAUUUACCAUAUUGACUUACAAAGAUACCGGAACAUAUAUAUUGUCCGCUGUAGAUGACAUUCAAGUGUUGCUCGACGAUCAUUUGAUUAAAACACAAACGAUGAAAAACUCUCCUUACAUCAGACCCUUCGAAAAAGAAAUACUAUCUUGGGAAGCGAAGUUGCAACUGUUACAAGAGAUUUUGGACGAGUGGCUCAAGGUGCAAUCCACAUGGAUGUAUUUGGAACCUAUAUUCUCCUCUCCAGAUAUUCAACAGCAAAUGCCCGAAGAAGGAAGACGUUUCAGCGCUGUUGACAAGAUUUGGAGGGAUUUAAUGAAGACCGUCUACGGCGACGUGUUGGUAAUGACGGUUGUCGACAUCGAUAAGAUGGCUGAGAAAUUGAAAAAAUGUAACACUCUGCUAGAAAUGAUUCAAAAGGGACUGAACGACUAUUUGGAGAAGAAACGUUUGUAUUUCCCGAGAUUCUUCUUCUUGUCAAACGACGAACUGUUGGAAAUUUUGUCAGAGACAAAAGAUCCUACCAGAGUACAGCCGCACUUGAAGAAGUGUUUCGAGGGGAUUGCCAAACUUACCUUUACCGAAGAUCUGGAUAUUUUGGAAAUGCGAUCAAGUGAAGGCGAAAUCGUACCGCUGAACGAUGUCAUAUCCACUGCGCUUGCACGUGGACAAGUGGAGAAGUGGCUGGUUGAACUGGAGGUCGAUAUGAAAAAAUCGGUUAGGCAGAUGGUUCACAAUUCAAUUUUGGAUUAUCCGAAAGUAAGCAGAGAAUCUUGGGUAUUGAAAUGGCCGGGACAAUGUAUCCAAUCGGUGGGCUGUACCUUCUGGACAUCGGAAGUGACCGAGGCAAUCAAUCAAGGUAAUCAGGCGAUGAUGGAUUAUCACAUCAAAUGUAAUAAACAAAUUGGCAAAAUUGUGGAUUUGGUUCGUGGCAAACUGAACACACAGAAUCGAAUCACACUUGGAGCUUUGGUCGUGCUCGACGUUCAUGCCAGAGACGUUCUCCACGACAUGAUCAGACACAAGGUGUCCGAUGUUACGGACUUUCAAUGGUUAGCACAAUUGAGGUAUUAUUGGGAGGAAGCCAAUUUGAUUACGUCAAUGAUUAAUUCCACCUUGAAGUAUGGUUACGAAUAUUUGGGCAACACUGCCCGACUUGUGGUCACUCCUCUAACCGACCGAUGCUACAGAACAUUGUUCGGAGCUCUGCACUUGCACCUGGGUGGAGCACCGGAAGGUCCUGCGGGAACGGGAAAAACCGAAACCACAAAAGAUCUUGCGAAAGCAGUUGCGAAACAAUGCGUGGUAUUCAAUUGUUCUGACGGACUGGACUACAUUGCUUUAGGCAAGUUCUUUAAGGGUUUGGCUUCUUGUGGGGCUUGGUCCUGUUUCGAUGAGUUCAAUCGCAUCGACUUGGAGGUACUCUCCGUAGUGGCACAGCAAAUCAUGACGAUUCAACGUGGCAUCAACUCCGGAAACGAGAAGCUCUUCUUCGAAGGGACCGAACUAAAGUUGGAUCCGACUUGUGCUGUAUUUAUCACGAUGAAUCCCGGUUACGCGGGAAGAUCCGAACUGCCGGACAACUUGAAGGCACUGUUCAGAUCUGUUGCGAUGAUGGUGCCAGAUUAUGCUCUCAUUUCCGAAAUUGAACUGUACGCCUCUGGAUUUCUUACCGCCAAGCCACUCUCCAUUAAGAUCGUGGCGACGUACCGACUCUGUUCGGAGCAAUUGUCUUCGCAACAUCAUUAUGAUUAUGGCAUGAGAGCAGUCAAGUCCGUAUUAAGAGCGGCUGCAACUCUUAAACUUCGAUACCCAGACGAAAAGGAAGACAUAUUGGUUCUUAGAUCUAUCAAAGACGUGAAUCUGGCCAAGUUUUUGAAUUACGAUGUGCCACUGUUUCAGGGUAUAACGUCUGAUUUGUUUCCUGGUGUCGUUUUACCGGAACCCGAUUACGUUGUGAUGAACAGGGCGGUAGCGGACGCUUGUAAAGCCAACAACAUCCAAAACACACCGUUUUUCUUAGAGAAAGUGCAACAGUUGUACGAAAUGAUUGUCGUCCGCCACGGACUGAUGAUUGUAGGUUUGCCAUUUGCCGGAAAAACCACCUGUUACAGAAUUUUAGCCGACGCACUUGCUUUGAUCGAAGAAAGAGGCGGUAUGGAUGAACAUCGAGCUGUUUACACGAUAAUGAACCCAAAGUCGAUAACAAUGGGUCAAUUGUACGGCCAAUUUGAUCCAGUCUCCCAUGAAUGGUCCGACGGAGUUUUGGCGGUGAGUUUCAGAAAUUAUGCGAUGGCUCAAAACGACGACAGAAAAUGGUUGAUAUUCGAUGGUCCGGUGGAUGCCGUUUGGAUCGAAAAUAUGAACACAGUAUUGGACGACAACAAAAAAUUGUGUCUCAUGUCCGGAGAAAUUAUUCAGUUAUCCAACAACACAAAUUUGAUUUUCGAACCGAUGGAUUUGGAUGUGGCUUCUCCCGCGACCGUCUCAAGAUGCGGCAUGAUUUAUAUGGAACCGUCCUCCUUGGGUUGGGAGCCUCUACUGCUCUCUUGGCUCAAUAAUUUGCCUCCAUCGAUCAACACGGACUUUUACAAGAACAUGAUGUACACAUUGUUCGUCAGGUUCUGCUAUCCUCUGCUGUGGCUUAUCCGAAAGGGAGGAGUGAAGGAAAUAGCAACAACGUCGGAUCAUAAUCUCGUUCAAGGCACGAUGUACAUGUUCGAUUGUUUCAUGGACGACUUCUACGACGAGAAGUACAAGGAAUCGGUGUCCGAUUUGGACGUGCGAGCACAACUCGAAGGCUCCUUCUUUUUCAGCUGUAUUUGGUCGCUCGGUGCGACUUUGGACGUUAGGAGCAGACCAAAGUUUAAUCUUCUUUUCCGGGGACUGCUGGAAAAGGAAUUUCCAGAGAAAACUCUAGAGUCGUUGGGAAUUCCGUUCGAAAUAUCCAAGCCGGAUAAACCAUAUAUUUUCAGUCUGCCCGUUGGAGAAUCGGUCUUCGAUUAUAGGUUCUUCAAAGAGGGUAAAGGAAAGUGGAAGUUGUGGUCGGACGAGCUGAUGACGGCCCCGCCAAUUCCGAGGGAUAUUCCCGUGAAUCAGAUCAUCGUAACCACCAUUGAGACCGUGAGGAACAUUGCCUUGAUGACUUUCCUUGUCAGGCAUCAAAAACCGGUGAUGAUUAUCGGUCCCACGGGAACUGGAAAAUCAGUUUAUGUAACAGAUUUCUUAUUGAAAAAAAAUACUAAUGAAUAUAUACCAUUGUUCAUCAAUUUUUCUGCUCAGACUACCGCCAAUCAGACUCAAGAUAUUAUAAUGGCCAAGUUAGAUAAGAGAAGAAAAGGAGUAUUUGGUCCUCCGGUUGGUAAAAAAUGUGUGAUUUUUGUUGACGACGUGAAUAUGCCACUAAAAGAGGUAUACGGAGCACAACCACCAAUAGAACUUCUUCGACAAUGGUUCGAUCACAUGAUGUGGUACGAUAGAAAAGAAAUUGUUCCCAUGAAAUUAAUUGACAUCCAAUUCAUGUGUGCCAUGUGUCCUCCUGGGGGUGGUGGGAACACAGUCACGCAAAGAUUUUCAAGACAUUUUCACCACAUUUGCAUCGACGAAUUCCAAAACGACGUGCUGAUCAAUAUUUUCAGUAAAAUUAUGCUCUGGCACUUGGACACGAGGGGAUUUUCCAAAGAUUUCGAUCCUUGCAUCGAAGAGAUUGUCAUGGCUACAUUGGAUAUUUAUACGUGGGCCAGAGCCAAUCUUCUCCCUACACCUGCGAAAUCCCAUUAUCUAUUUAAUUUACGAGACUUCUCUAGAGUGAUUCAGGGAGUAUUGCUGUCAGUUCCUGAAGCAAUGGAAGAUCUGAUGUCGAUGAAGAGACUGUGGGUUCAUGAGGUCCUCCGUGUCUACUACGACAGACUGACGGACGACGACGACAGAAUGAUGUUGAUCGAUGCCUUGAGGAACGUUUCUCAAGAUCGACUUCUUGAAAACCUCAACGACAUGUUUGUGCGACUUGCCACUCCCGGAUCAAAGGAGAUAGGAGAGUUUGAGCUGCGCCAACUUUUGUAUUGUGAUUUCGCCAAUCCGAAAGCCGAUACCAGACAUUAUAUGGAAGUCCAAGACUUAGAUCAGCUAAAGGAAAUUGUGGAGGGGUAUCUCAAUGAAUUCAACAACAUGUCCAAGAAACCCAUGAAUCUCGUUUUGUUCCGUUUCGCAAUAGAGCAUCUUUCGAAAAUAUGCCGCAUCUUGAAACAACCUCGUAGCCACGCGUUGUGCGUGGGAGUCGGGGGUUCGGGUCGUCAAUCUUUGACACGUCUUGCCGCUCACAUUUCCGAGUACGAGCUGUUUCAAGUGGAGAUCACCCGUUUGUACGGUGUGAACGAAUGGCGGGAGGACGUUAAGGGCAUUCUGAGGAAAGCCAGUGCGACCGAUCAGCACGGCGUUUUCCUCUUCAGCGACACGCAGAUCAAAGAGGAAGCGUUUCUUGAGGAUAUCAGCAAUCUGUUGAACUCGGGAGAAGUGCCCAACAUCUUUACCGGCGAGGAGAGAGUUGAAUUGUGCGAGAAGAUGCGACAACUGGACAGGCAGAGGGACAAGUCGAUGCAAACCGAUGGCAGUCCGGCCGCGCUCUUUAACUUCUUCGUGCAAAUCGUCAGGGAACAGUUACACGUCGUUCUGGCGAUGUCUCCGAUCGGUGACGGUUUCAGGAAUAGAAUCCGUAAAUUUCCCGCGCUGGUCAAUUGUUGUACGAUCGAUUGGUUCCAGACUUGGCCUGAAGACGCACUUUUGGCUGUGGCCACCAAAUUUUUGGGUGUUAUAGAUUUGACUGAAAAGGAGAGAUCGGUGUGCAUAGACAUGUGUCAGAUGUUUCAUGUGUCCUCUCAGAAUUUGUCCGAUGAAUUCUUCAUGAGACAAGGCAGGAAAAAUUAUGUCACUCCCACUUCCUACCUGGAGAUGAUAAACACUUUCAAAACUUUUCUGGACAAAAAACGAAAUGAAAUUCUCGUAGCUAAGAACAGAUACGAGGUGGGUCUGAAGAAGUUGGACGCCGCAGGCGCGGAAGUGGCCGUGAUGCAGAGUGAACUGGAAGCUCUGCAACCACAAUUGGUGCACGCUGCCAAAAUCGUCGAGGAGACGAUGAAAAAAGUGCAAGCUGAAUCGGCAGAUGCGGCGGCCGUCGAGCACACCGUGAUGGAGGACGAGGCUGUGGCAAACGAGCAGGCGAAGGACGCGCAAGCCAUUAAAGACGAGUGUGACGCCGACUUGGCCGAAGCCAUGCCAAUUUUGAAUGCGGCAUUGACGGCGUUGAACACUCUAACUCCAGCUGACAUAGCCAUCGUGAAGACGAUGAAGAAUCCGCCCAGGGGUGUGAAAUUAGUAAUGGAAGCUGUUUGUAUCUUGAAGGAUGUCAAGCCGAACAAGGUUCCGAAUCCAGGUGGUGUAGGUACAUAUGAUGAUUAUUGGGGUCCUUCGGUGAAACUGUUGGGCGACAUGAAGUUUUUAGAAAGUCUUUUGCUCUUCGAUAAGGAUAACAUAUCUCCCAAAAUCAUGGAUAAACUGAAGAAAGAAAUAUUUACCGACGAGAACUUUGAUCCAGACAAAGUGAAGGUAGCUUCGACGGCUGCCGAAGGUCUGUGCAAAUGGAUUAUUGCUAUAUCUAAGUACGAUAAGGUGGCAAAAGUGGUAGCGCCAAAGAAACAAGCUUUGGCAGCGGCCGAAGCUAAAUACAACACUGCAAUGGCUGCGUUGGAGAUCAAACGGGCUCAGUUAAGAGACGCUCGUGAACGAGUGGCACUAUUGGAAGAGAUGCUUGCAGCCGAGAAUAAAAAGUUCCAAGAUUUGACAGAUUCGGUGAAUUUGUGCCAGCUAAAGUUGCAAAGAGCGGAAGAACUGAUUGGCGGUCUCGGCGGCGAGAAGACGCGAUGGAGUCAGACGGCAAUCGAUUUGGGAAAACAGUAUUUCAUAUUGACGGGCGACAUUUUGAUUGCUGCCGGAGUUGUGGCCUAUUUGGGACCGUUCACUAUGAUUUACAGGUCGAAACAGAUCGACAUGUGGUCCUCCACGUUGUCCGGAUACGGAAUUGUGUGCAGCAGAGAUUUCCAAUUGACUCAAGUACUGGGAGAACCGGUGGUGAUUCGUGCCUGGAACAUAUUCGGAUUGCCUAGUGACAAUUUCAGUAUCGAUAACGGUAUUAUUAUAACAAAUGCCAGAAGGUACCCUUUGAUGAUUGACCCACAAGGUCAGGCCAACAAAUGGGUGAAGAACAUGGAAAAAACGAAAAACCUCGCCAUCAUCCGAUUGAACCAAUUGGACUACGUCCGAAUCUUGGAGAACGCCAUACAAUUCGGUCAACCGGUUUUGUUGGAAAACGUCGGCGAGGAAUUGGAUCCGAUCCUGGAACCUGUUCUUGCGCAGCAAGUGUUUAAACAAGGCGGUGCGAUGUGUUUGAAACUGGGAGAUUCGGUCGUUGAGUACAACGCGGAUUUUAAGCUUUACAUAACGACGAAACUGAGAAAUCCCCAUUAUUUGCCCGAGGUUGCUGUUAAAGUAACGUUGGUGAAUUUCAUGAUCACCGCCGUCGGUUUGGAAGAUCAAAUUUUAGGUAUUACGGUGGCGAAAGAAAGACCCGAUUUGGAAGCCGAGAAGAAUGCCCUUAUUGUUCAAGGAGCCGAAAAUAAACGAGCGUUGAAAGAGAUCGAAGACAAGAUCUUAUACGUUUUGUCAACCUCUGAAGGCAACAUCUUGGAAGACGAAACGGCCGUACAGAUUUUGAGUUCUUCCAAACAACUCUCGAAUGAAAUAGCAGCGAAACAAGCAGUUGCGGAAGUUACGGAGAAACAAAUCGACAAGGCCAGAUUAGAAUACAGACCGAUUGCAGAACAUUCCACCAUUUUAUUCUUCACCAUCGCUGAUUUGGCGAACAUCGAUCCGAUGUACCAAUAUUCUUUGGUGUGGUUCAUCAAUUUGUACAAGUCAGCAAUUGAUAAUACCGAAAGAGUCGAGGAAGUGAACCAAAGACUCAUCGACUUGCAAAAGUUUUUCACCUAUUCGCUGUACGUCAAUAUUUGCCGCAGUCUUUUUGAGAAAGACAAAAUAUUGUUUUCCUUGUUGUUGGUGGUGAAUUUGUUGAAAAGCAAAAACGAAAUCGAAAUAUCGGAAUGGAUGUUUUUGUUAACCGGAGGCGUCGGAUUGGAGAAUCCGCAUCCGAAUCCGUGUCCUUGGAUGAUUAAGAAGUCUUGGGACGAAAUUUGUCGACUCGAUGAUUUGCCCAACUUCAAGGGUUUGAUGAAACAUGUGCGUGACAAUUCCGAUAAGUGGAAGGUGAUUUUCGACUCUGGAGAACCCCAACAUGUACCGUUGCCUGAUCCGUGGAACACUAAAUUAAAUACGUUACAAAAAUUGAUCGUCUUACGUUGUAUCAGGUACGACAAAAUCGUACCCGGAGUCCAGGACUUUAUCGUUGAAAAACUGGGAAAACAGUUCAUCGAACCGCCACCGUUUGAUUUGAACUCGUCAUUUUCGGAUUCGCACUCGUGCAUCCCGUUGAUCUUCAUUUUGACCCCCGGUGCCGAUCCGACGGCGGUCUUGUUAAAAUUUGCCGAUGACCAAGGAUUCGGACACGGGAGACUGUUCGCCCUGUCUUUGGGUCAAGGACAAGGUCCGAUAGCUCUGAAAUUGAUCGACGACGGCGUCAAGAACGGCACUUGGGUGGUGCUUCAAAACUGUCACCUGGCCAAGAGUUUCAUGCCGUCGUUGGAACGAGUGUGCGAAAACCUCACCCCGGACUCCACACAUCCUGAUUUCCGAUUGUGGUUGACGUCGUAUCCGGCCGAACAUUUUCCCGUCACCGUUCUACAAAACGGAGUUAAAAUGACGAACGAACCGCCGAAAGGUUUGAGAGCCAACAUAAUCAGAUCGUAUCUCAGCGAUCCGAUAUGCGAUUUGGAAUGGUUCGAGGGCUGCAAACAGCCGAUGCCUUUUAAAAAAUUGCUGUACGGUUUGUGCUUCUUCCACGCGUCCGUUCAGGAAAGGAGGAAGUUUGGCCCUUUGGGUUGGAACAUACCCUACGAAUUUAACGAAACCGAUCUAAGAAUUAGUGUCAUGCAACUGAGAAUGUUCCUUAAUCAGUACAGUGAUAUACAAUAUGACGCGCUUUUAUACUUAACUGGUGAGUGUAAUUACGGAGGAAGAGUAACUGACGAUUGGGAUAGAAGGACUUUGUCGACAAUUUUAAGGAAGUUUUACUGUACUGAAAUUGUUGAAGUGCCAAAUCAUGCUUUGGAUCCGUCAGGCGUUUACUAUUGUCCGGAUAAAGAAGACUAUGAGGAUUACAUAAAUUACACAAGAACACUGCCUCUGAUUUCACAUCCGGAAGUGUUUGGAAUGCACGAAAAUGCGGAUAUCCUUAAAGAUCAGCAGGAAACUAACUUGUUGUUUACUAACACCCUUUUGACACAGGACACCAUGGCUUCGGGAGGUUCUCAAAAGUCCCCCGAAGAAGUUCUGAUAGAAGUGUCAUCUGACAUUCUAUCUAAACUACCAAAGAAUUUUGAUAGAGAUGCCGCAAUGCAAAAGUAUCCGGUGUCUUAUACGCAAAGUAUGAACACCGUGUUGGUGCAAGAAAUGAACAGAUUUAACGCUCUGCUUUCGACGAUAAGGGACAGUUUGAAGAAUGUCCAGAAAGCGAUCAAAGGAUUGAUAGUGAUGUCCACAGUUUUGGAAGAGGUCGCGACCAGCAUGAUGACGGGACGAAUUCCGGCACUGUGGGCGAAAAAAUCUUACCCUUCGUUAAAACCUCUAGGAAGUUAUGUGACCGACUUCUUGGAACGUUUGGAAUUUUUGCAGAAGUGGUACGAUGAAGGUCCACCUCCCACUUUUUGGAUAUCGGGUUUUUAUUUCACACAAGCGUUUUUGACGGGUGCCCAGCAGAAUUUCGCCAGAAAAUACACCAUCCCCAUUGAUCUGCUUGUUUUCGAUUACGAAGUGAAAAAGGAAAAAACGUUUUUGAAGCCUCCAGUUGAUGGCGUGUAUGUUUACGGUCUGUAUUUGGACGGUGCCCGAUGGAACGAAAAGAAAAUGGCUCUUGCCGAAUCGCUGCCCAAGGUUUUAUAUGAGCCCGUUCCAAUUAUCCAACUGAUUCCCCUGAAAAAAGACGAUUUUAAACAUUCUAAAACCUAUAAAUGUCCUGUUUAUAAAACGGCAGAAAGAAGAGGCGUGCUGUCGACAACGGGACACUCGACCAAUUUUGUAAUUGCUAUGUAUCUGCCGACGACUGAACCGCAGGAUCACUGGAUCAUGAGAGGUGUCGCAAUGUUGUGUGCCCUUUCUCAAUAGUAUAAAUAUUUAUUUAUUUACAUUAUUUAUACAGUCUAGAAUAGCUAGUAAUAUUUAUUAUAAUCAUAUUAUAAAUAGAAGUUUUACAAGUACA